AUGGCAACAACGCACAUGGGAGAGAUGCGAAGACACUGCGGGAUGCUGCUGCCUUGGCAACUUACGGAAGUAUGGAACGACGCUAGGUCAGCAACCACUUCGUUAACAAGGAAAGUGGAUGAAGGUACUCCUACCUUGCUUCAUGAUAUAGGUGAGUCGGUUUCGGCGGUCGGGAAUAGGAUUGAUACUAUUCCUAUUGUUGCAACUUAUAGCCCGGAUGGGCCGACACCCAGACCAGCAGCGUUUACGGGUUCAGGCGACGACGCCACACAGUUUUCGCUGUGGCUUCGCCAUCUGGAAGAUGUGAUGCGGCUGCGUGCUGCGGUUGCGACGUCUCAACAAAAAGCAGAUUUCCUUAUCUGCUAUUUGGAGGGGGUAGCGCGGGAAAAGGUAGAGUUGAGUCAGCAGGAGCGCUGCGACUUCAACGCAAUUGUAGCGCAUCUAAAGCAGGCAUUUGAGCGACGUUCGCUAAGCGUCUGCUGA